CGCUGGCUUUUUGUGGAUGAAUGUAGACUUUAUCCAGCCGCUGGUGCAAUGUCAUCGGCCUCUCUGGCAGGCAGCAAACUGGAAGGGAAACAGCCGGCCGAGCUUCGCCGCCAACGCGCUUAGCUCCUCCAGAUGCAGCCGCACAUCGACAGCGAGGCUCGCUGUGAUGUUUUACGGACCGGAGUGAGAAAAUAAGGAGGAAAUUGUUUUCACCUCGACUGGAGGAGAGGAAGAGAUAAAGAGCGAAAGACCACCGUUCAUAUUCCGAAACUGUUUAAUUCGAAGCUCCUACAGAAAACUGCCUGGUUGGUGCCUUGAGUCUAUUCAGCUAUGGCUAUCGCUAGGCAAUUUGGACUGCUGGUGUGGAAAAAUUAUCUUCAGCAGAAACGUCAGAUUCUGGUGACUCUGGUGGAAAUCCUCUUGCCGCUGCUUUUCUCUGGCAUCCUCAUCGUGCUGCGUCAGAAGGUGCCUUUUCAGGAUUACCCAAAUGCCACCAUCUAUGAGAGCUUUCCUGUCAACAUUUUACCCAGCCGUAUUUCACGAAACCUGCAGCUGGGCUACGUGCCCAGUAACUCCAGCGUUGUGCGUCAGGUGGCGGAAGAUGUCAGAGGCAGCCUGUCCCUGCACUCAGUGCGUGGCUUUGAUACAGAGGAGCAGUUUGAGAAGUACGUCCGAACCGACCCUCAGUCACACCAGAUAUUGGCUGCUGUCAUCUUUGAGCACCCCUUCACUCAUGACGACGAGCCCCUGCCCCUGCAGGUGAGCUACCACCUGCGCUUCACCUUCACCCCACGCAACGCCCCACCUAGGGAGAAGUCUGAACUGAGCCCAAACAGUGACUUGGACUGGCAUACACUCAGCCUCUUUCCCCUUUUCCAGCUGCCAGGGCCAAGGGAGCAGCACGACAAGGAUGGGGGGACACCAGGUUAUUACCGUGAGGGCUUUCUGGCAGUCCAGCACGCAGUGGACAAAGCCAUCAUGCGAUCCCACAACAGUACUGGAGCAGACCAUUUGCUGAAACAGACCAGGGUGGUUCUGUCACGCUUUCCUUACCCUAGCUUUAUCUAUGAUGUCUUCAUCUUGGCCAUUCAGAACCAGCUGCCUCUUCUCUUAGUGCUCAGCUUCACUUACACGUCCCUCAACAUAGUGCGAGCUGUGGUGCAGGAGAAGGAACGGAAGCUCAAGGAGUACAUGAGGAUGAUGGGCCUCAGUAACUGGCUGCAUUGGAGCGCAUGGUUCCUGAUGUUCUUCCUCUUCCUCUCCAUUUCAGUGUUUUUUGUUACUCUGCUCCUCUGUAUCCGGGUGAGUCCUAACGGUGCAGUGUUGAACUACAGUGACCCCACCCUGGUCUUUGUCUUCCUGCUGGUUUUCACUGUGGCCACCAUCAACUACAGCUUCAUGAUCAGUGCCUUCUUCUCACGAGCCAACGUGGCGGCAGCAGCGGGCGGCUUCAUCUACUUCCUCAGUUACCUGCCUUAUUUGUUCCUGUGGCCUCGCUAUGACUUACUGAGCCACGCUCAAAAAGUGUCAGCCUGCCUUAUCUCCAAUGUGGCCAUGGCCAUGGGAGCACAGCUUAUAGGAAUGUUUGAAGGCAAAGGUACUGGAAUCCAGUGGUCAAACCUGUUUGACUCUGUGACAGUGGACGAUGACUUCUCCAUGGCCCAGGUUCUGUGCUUGCUGCUGUUUGACUCGGUGCUUUACGGCCUGGUGGCCUGGUACAUGGAGGCUGUGUUUCCCGGAGAGUACGGAGUGCCUCUUCCAUCUUACUUCUUUCUACUGCCUUCAUACUGGUGCAGCAGCCCUCGCAUGGCUAUGGUAAACGAGAAAGAGGAAGAGGAGGAUGCAGAAAAAGCUAUGAAGGGAGAGUUUAUAGAGGAGGAGCCAGCUGGAGUAGUAUCUGGAAUAAAGAUUAAACACCUCACUAAGGAGUUCAAAGUAGGGAACAAGACACGGCAGGCGGUGCGAGAUCUGACGCUGAACAUGUUCGAGGGGCAGAUCACAGUGGUGCUGGGACACAAUGGUGCUGGGAAGACCACCACGCUGUCCAUGCUUACAGGUCUGUUUCCUCCCAGCAGCGGCCGGGCCUACAUAAAUGGUUACGACAUCUGUCAGGACAUGGCUCUGAUCCGACGUAGUCUGGGUCUCUGUCCUCAGCACGACGUUUUGUUUGACAACCUCACAGUGAGAGAGCAUCUGCUCUUCUAUGCACAGCUGAAAGGCUUCCCCAAGGAGCAAAUUUCAGAUGAGGUGGAUCGUAUCAUCUGCAUUUUGAACCUGGAGGACAAGCGACAUUCUCGCUCCAAGACCCUCUCUGGCGGCAUGAAGAGGAAGCUUUCCAUCGGAAUCGCCCUCAUUGGAGACUCCAAGGUCGUCAUGCUGGAUGAGCCAACGUCUGGGAUGGAUCCAUCAGCACGACGGGCCACCUGGGACCUUCUCCAGGGAGAGAAACGAGGUCGCACCAUCCUGCUCACCACUCACUUCAUGGAUGAGGCCGAUCUACUUGGUGACCGGAUCGCCAUCAUGGCAGGAGGCGAGCUGCAGUGCUGCGGCUCGUCACUAUUCCUGAAGAGCAAAUACGGUGCUGGCUACCACAUGGUGAUUGUCAAAGGUUCACUUUGUAAUGUAUCAGAGAUCACUCGCCUUGUUCAUAUGUAUGUUCCCAACGCUACAAUGGAGAGCAGCGCCGGAGCCGAGCUCUCUUACAUCCUGCCUAAAGAAAGCACCAGCAGGUUUGAGCUGCUAUUUGCUGAGCUGGAAAUGAACAAAGAGGAACUGGGUAUUGCAAGCUAUGGAGCCUCGGUGACCACCAUGGAAGAAGUUUUCCUUAGAGUUGGAAAGCUGGUGGAUUCUAGUUUGGACAUUCAGGCGAUCCAGCUGCCAGCCCUUCAGUACCAACAUGAGAGACGCUCCCAUGACUGGACCACCGAUGACGCCAGCAGCAUCAGUGGCCUGACAGAUGUCACUGACUUCACAGACAGUGGGACACUCAUCUCUGAUGAUGGGUCAAACAUUAAACUGAACACAGGGGUCAGACUCCACCUGCAGCAGUUUUAUGCCAUGUUUCUAAAGAGGGCACUGUACAGCUGGAGGAACUGGAAAGUGAUGGUGGCUCAGUUCUUGGUCCCUUUGAUCUUCACUGUUGUGGCCUUAGUGGUGGCACGCACCCUCCCCAACCAUCAGGAUGCCCCUAUGCUGAGGCUGGCCCUCAGCCACUAUGGUCCCACCAGGGUCCCUGUGGCCCUGCAGCCAGGCGCGGGUUCGCUUUCUUCUUCUCUAGCAGAAAUGUAUACAUCCCAACUCCUAGACCAACUGGGUGAGCUCAGAAAUGUCACAGAUUUCACUAAUUACGUGCUGACCAAUGCGAAAGCAGAAGGCGGGGUCUUUAACGAGCGCUGCGUGGUGGGCGCUGCCUUCCUUGGCAGGAGCAACCACUAUUCAGAAGCAACAGCCUAUUUCAACAACCAGGGCUACCACACACCUGCCACAGCCCUCAUGAUGGUGGACAACGCUCUGUUCAAACUCCUAGCUGGGCCCAACGCCUCAAUCCUGACAAGCAAUUACCCCAUGCCCAGAAACCUGUCUGAGACUGCGAGGAGCCAGCUCACAGAUAGUAAGACUGGCUUUGCCAUUGCCAUCAACCUGAUGUACGGCAUGGCCUCACUGUCGAGCACUUUUGCCCUGCUGCUUGUAUCUGAAUCUGCAAUCAAGUCGAAGCACGUCCAGCAGGUCAGCGGCGUCUACCUGUCCAACUUCUGGUUCUCUGCCCUGCUGUGGGACCUGGUCAACUUCCUGCUGCCAUGCCUUCUCAUGCUGGUUGUAUUCCAAGCGUUUGGAAUCGAAGCUUUUGUGGCGGAUCACCACCUCAUCGAUGUUCUCCUGAUACUCCUCUUGUACGGCUGGGCCAUUGUGCCUCUGAUGUAUCUGCUCAGCUUCUUCUUCUCCACUGCUGCCACCGCCUACACACGCCUGACUAUCUUCAAUAUGAUCUCCGGCACGGCCACGUUUCUAACCGUUACCAUCAUGACCAUCCCAGAGUUAAACCUGGUGCACCUGUCGCACUUAUUGGAUAAGGUUUUCCUGAUCUUCCCUAACUACUGCCUGGGCAUGUCCUUCAGCCAGUUCUACCAGAACUAUGAAUUCAUAAAGUUUUGCACCUCCAGUGAAAUCAGUGAAGUCAUUUGCAAAGUUUUAAAUAUCACAUACCAGCCAAACUACUUCUCCAUGUCAGAGCCUGGUGUAGGUCGCUUCCUGGUGUCCCUCUUGGUGCAGGGCGUCGUCUUCAACGCUCUGCUGUUUGUCAUCGAGCUGCAGUGUGUCCGCACCGUCUGCAGACUCUUCACCUCUCUGGGCAGAAAACGCAAACAGGUGACUCUCUUGGAUGAGGCGGCAUUCCUUCCAGAGGACCGGGACGUGGCUGAAGAGAGGAAGCGGGUCCUGGAGUGCCAGCCAGUGGUGGAGUCCAUGGUUGGCAGCCCUCUCAUAUUGCAUGAGCUCAGUAAGGUUUACAGCAGUGGGGAGAACCUCUUGGCUGUGGACAGGCUGUCUCUCGCAGUGGGGAAGGGAGAGUGUUUCGGCCUCCUGGGCUUCAACGGAGCUGGAAAGACCACAACGUUUAAGAUGCUGACCGGUGAUGAGAGCGUCACGUCCGGAGACGCCUACAUAGACGGCUACAGCAUCCUGAGGGACAUUAAGAAGGUGCAGCAGCGCAUUGGUUACUGUCCUCAGUUUGAUGCCGUUCUGGAUCACAUGACGGGAAGAGAGACGCUGAGCAUGUACGCCCGACUCAGAGGAAUCCCAGAGAAGUAUGUAGCUGGAUGUGUGGAGAACGUCCUGCGGUCGCUGCUGCUGGAGCCUCAUGCUGAUAAACUGACCCGCAGCUACAGUGGCGGAAAUAAGAGGAAGCUGAGUGCUGGUAUGGCACUGAUUGGUGGGCCUCCGGUCAUCUUCCUGGAUGAGCCUUCCACAGGGAUGGACCCUGUCGCUCGGAGACUGCUGUGGGACGCAGUCACUCGCACCCGGGAGUCUGGGAAGGCCAUAAUAAUCACCUCCCAUAGCAUGGAGGAGUGUGAGGCCCUCUGCACCAGGCUGGCAGUGAUGGUCAACGGUCAGUUCAAGUGCCUCGGGAGUCCCCAACACCUGAAGAGCAAGUUUGGCAGUGGCUACACGCUGCUGGCUAAAGUCCACAAGGAGGAUGACCUGGAGGACGGCGACCUGCAGCUUUUUAAAGACUUCAUUGAAAGCACUUUCCCAGGAAGUCAACUCAAAGAUGAGCACCAGGGAAUGGUUCACUACCAUCUGACAGAUAAAGCACUAACCUGGGCACAGGUUUUUGGCACAUUGGAGGCAGCCAAGGAGAAGUACUGCAUUGAAGACUACUGCGUGAGCCAGAUAUCUCUGGAGCAAGUAUUCCUCAGCUUUGCUCAGUUCCAACAUUGCACACAAACUGAGAGGAAGUAGGUGGAAGGAGCCAGGAAUCCGUCCAUAGUCAACCUAAAACCUGGUGGAAGCAAAAACAUUGUUUGACUCCCAUCUCCAUUUCUGACUUGAGCACUAACACUAAGAAAGUCAACGGUCCAGUCUGAAACUUGAGCAUCUCUUCUGCUUCAUGAGACUUUAGUUGGUCAAUCACGCUGUUUGUUGUUGCCGUCUGAAGUUAGGAACGCUGACUCUCAUCGUAGCUUGUGGGGUGUUGAUUAUACCAAGUGACAAACUCCUAGAUCUGCACCUUUUUCAAUCGAGUCAAACGCUUUGUCAACCCUCAACCACUACCAGCCGUGUGUGAGGGGGUUAAUGUGUGUGUAUGUGUGUUUGUGUGCAUUUAGUAUUUGUACAGACUACACAGGUAGUCUGUACAAAUACUGUAGUAUUUGUAGUUUUUCUUAUUUAUGACUUUUAUGACUUCUGUUCCCAUGAUUUUGUGCUGAUUGUCAUCACAGGAAAGUUGAACCACUGAUGAUUGUGAAGCUGCUGUGCACCUUCGAGCCUUAUCCAACAAACUAAUUCUUUUUAUGUCAUCCUGACCAGAAGGACUCUAGACCCCGAAGAGUCUCUUAAUGUUGCCAGAUGUACACAAUAUGACAUGUCUAUGGUACUCGUACUCAAAUCAAGACAGUUUUCAGUGUAAUGCAUGCAUAGAAUCUAAAUGAGUAAAAGCAUCAAGUUCAGCGGGAGGAGAGCAGCAGAGAAUGAAGGAUAAUCCUUAAAUUAUAUUUAAUUAUUUCUUAUUAUGGUCUGUACGUCUCCUCUUUCAGUUAAUGGGAAUCAGUUUCUGCAGCAACAUGCAGCAACAGAAAUAUUAACCAUUACAGUUUAGUUUAUGUGCUCUUACAGGUAAUUAAAUUGCACUUAUGCAAAUGAUGCAGUGAAAAUCUUAAUUUGAAUGUAGAUUUGCCCUGUUAUUAUUAUUAUUAUUAUUAUUAUUAUUAUUAUUAUUAUUAUUAUUAUUAUUAUUAUUAUUAUUAUUAUUCCUUAACUAACUUCUAUCCUGAAAAAAACAACAGUUAAAUACUUCUAAACAAACCAAACCUUUUUCUCUGAGAGAUAAUUCUCAUCACUGUAUUUUACGAAUACAGUGUCAUUUUCUUCUGCCAUUCAUGACAUAUUACACCCUAGAUCAAAGCGUGUCAACAUUGUUACAUUUUUUUUUAUAAAUGAUGUAGAAAGACUCAGUUACAUUUAUUAAAUAGUAAUAUUUCCGGCUUAUAUUAUAGGUAAACCAAGUCUCCUGGUUUCCUGUAAUCUCUGUGAUACAAACCGGGACAAAUAAUAUUAUCUGCUCAUCUCCUCAUAUUCUCCUCACUUCAGCAGUGUGAUGAAUGUGCGCUUCCCCACGCCGUCUAACUUGAGCAAGAUAAUACAUUAUCUUUUAUUAAGCGCUUAAUUUUCACUUUUAUGACGUUUUUUUUCUUUUGUAUUUUUUUGCACAAUUCUUUCCCAUUAAGCGAAUGACUUGAAAGUUAUACAGCAUGAACACUUGAAAUGUACGCAAGGCAAACUUUUAAAGAUCGACUCCUGCUGAAAUUAUGGUGUCAUAUUUUAAAAAAGGGAAUUUGCAUCAUUGUAAGUGUGUAUUGUACUGUACCAUGGAACUGAACCUGUCAAAUCUGUAUGUAUCAUUAUCCUUUUUAAAUAAAAUAAUGCUUUCCAUGCAAAUGGGAGCAAACGUU